UUCUACACAGAGCCUUUUCAAAUGUAUAAAAUGGAGUAUUCAUACCUCAAUUCCUCUGCCUACGAGUCCUGUAUGGCCGGGAUGGACACGUCGAGCCUGGCGUCAGCCUACGCGGACUUCAGCUCGUGCAGCCAAGCCAGUGGCUUCCAGUACAACCCGAUCAGGACCACGUUUGGUGCCACCUCAGGAUGUCCGUCUCUGACCCCGGGCUCGUGCAGCCUGGGCACGCUGCGGGAUCACCAGAGCAGCCCGUACGCCGCAGUUCCCUACAAGCUGUUUACCGAUCACGGUGGCCUGAACGAGAAGAGAAAGCAGAGGCGCAUCCGCACCACGUUCACCAGCGCGCAGCUGAAGGAGCUGGAGCGCGUUUUUGCAGAGACGCACUACCCAGAUAUUUACACACGCGAAGAGCUGGCACUGAAAAUCGAUCUAACCGAGGCCAGAGUACAGGUGUGGUUCCAAAACAGACGCGCCAAGUUCCGUAAGCAGGAGCGAGCGGCCGCAGCCGCCGCCGCCGCAGCCAAGAACGGCUCAGGCAAGAAAUCAGACCCUCGCGAGGAGGACAGCAAAGAGGCGAAAGCCACCGACCCUGACAGCACAGGAGGACCCGGACCCAACCCGAACCCUGCAUCCACCUGUGGUGGUCCGAGCCCUACUGGCGGGUCCCAGGUCAGCGCGAGCGGAAACGGGCCAGUCGAGCAGGCCAAGACGACUGUGGGUGGUAUGGGUGGCACAGCGCCCAGUCAGGGCUGGCCAUCCGCCCCGGGCACCAUAACCUCCAUUCCGGACUCUCUCGGGGGACCGUUCGCCAGCGUGCUGUCAUCUUUACAAAGACAGAACGGAGCCAAAGCCGCUUUAGUAAAGACCAGCAUGUUCUGAACGAACACGGUCGUCCGAGUAGAGGAAGAGAGAGAGAGAGGUGGGGUGGGGGGGGCAAAGAUAUGGAGAAGAGAAAUAAAACGGACUGAUCAUUGACUCAUCAGAGGAGGAAUGCCAAAAUGACGAGAGAGACCAUUUUCUCUGCUCACUGUUGAGAUAAAAACACAAAACAAAACAACAACAACAACAACAACAACAACCAUAAAAUGAGGGGACCCAGUGUUGGUCUCCAUCAUCUGACUUUUUCGAUAGCCAUUCGUUUACACAGCGAGCUGGAUGAUUAUAUCCUACAGACCUUACGUUAGCCCAAGCUAUAAUCAUCGAUUUGGUUUGACAUCUCGCGUCCCUUUUUCUUCUUCUUCUUUUUUUUUUUUUUUUUUUUUGUUCUAGUUGAAUAGCUGUGAUCGUCGAUACCAUAAAUAACUGAUAGACUGCCUAAGAAGUAUUUCAUCACGGACUCGGUGCGACAUGACGUCAUGGCUGUUUGUUUACACCGACUUUUACGCAUUCAUGUACCGUAAAUUAUAAUAUGUCUGUACACACAAAUUACUGGCUCUGUUAUAUAUUUCUACAUAUGAAGUUACAAAAGCAUUAGAGCCAGGGGUUCUAAAAAAACAACAACAAACAAACAAAAAAACAACCACACACACACACACACACACACACACACACACACACACACACACACACACACUCAUCUAAAUAUCUAUAAAUCUACGGCAAAUUAUAACUUAAAAUGGCACAAACGUACAUAUUUCACUGUUGACAGGAAUACUUAAACGUUUUGUGUGUCUUUCUACGGCUGUGUUUUUGUGGCUCAGAUUGUAUAGUGUUAAUACGUAUAAUAUCGUCCUAGAUAAACAUAGACACCAUAUCGCCCCUCGUAGUUCAGUCCUUUUUUUUAAAAAAAAAAAAAAAUGUUUUACAAAGUUACCACUGGCAAAUUCAUUUCAGAAAAAAAAGGAAUGGAUGCAACGCAUUGUAUUUAUUUCUUUAUUUUUAUUUUUGCAUGUUGUCUAUUUCGUUCAAGUUUCUAAUAAUUUGACCUAUUUUGUGAGCAUUAUGUAAGACGUUUUGUCCGGGAUUUGAGAAUUAUUUAUAUGUAGGUAAUGGAUG